UCCCUCGGACACAGCGGAUCACAGAUCAAUGGAAAGAGCCGAAGACGCCAGCUCGGUCAUUUGAUCAGUGUCCAAUCACAGCUGAUCGCUGAUCAUCAGGGCACUGAUGAUCAGUGUGCCCUGAUGAUCAGUGUAGCCCCAGCAGUGCCACCUGUCAGUGCCCAUCAAUGCCAUCUGCCAGUGCCCAUCAGUGCCACAUCAAUGCCACAUAUCAGUGCCCAUCUGAGCUGCCUUUUAGUGCCAUCUAUCAGUGCCAGUCAGUGCCACUUGUCAAUGCCAGUCAGUGCCACCUAUCAGUGCUGCCAAUCAGUGACACCUAUCAGUGCCAGUCAGUACCGCCUAUCAGUGCGCGUCAGGGCCACCUAUCAAUGCGCAUCAGUG